CUGAUUUCAUCUUUCAUGUACUUUUCUUUUUGUUAUUUAGUGGCUGAUCAUCUGGGCUGUGAUCCUCAAACGCGAUUCUUUGUCCCUCCUAAUAUCAAACAGUGGAUUGCCCUGCUACAAAGAGGAAAUUGUACCUUUAAAGAGAAAAUAUCACGGGCUGCUUUCCACAAUGCGGUUGCUGUAGUCAUCUAUAAUAAUAAAUCCAAAGAGGAGCCGGUCACCAUGACUCAUCCAGGCACGGGAGAUAUUAUUGCUGUCAUGAUAACAGAAUUGAGGGGUAAAGAUAUUUUGAGUUAUCUGGAGAAAAACAUCUCUGUACAAAUGACAAUAGCUGUUGGAACUCGAAUGCCGCCAAAGAACUUCAGCCGUGGCUCUCUAGUCUUCGUGUCAAUAUCCUUUAUUGUUUUGAUGAUUAUUUCUUCAGCGUGGCUCAUAUUCUACUUCAUUCAGAAGAUCAGGUACACAAAUGCUCGCGACAGGAACCAGCGUCGUCUUGGAGAUGCAGCCAAGAAAGCCAUCAGUAAAUUGACAACUAGAACGGUGAAAAAGGGUGAUAAGGAAACAGACCCAGACUUCGAUCACUGUGCAGUCUGCAUAGAGAGCUAUAAGCAGAAUGAUGUUGUUCGGGUUCUCCCCUGCAAGCAUGUUUUCCACAAGUCAUGUGUGGAUCCCUGGCUUAGUGAACACUGUACCUGCCCAAUGUGCAAACUUAACAUUUUGAAAGCCCUAGGAAUUGUGCCAAAUCUGCCGUGUACUGAUAAUGUAGCGUUUGAUAUGGAAAGGCUCACCAGAACCCAAGCAGUUAACCGAAGAUCAGCCCUCGGCGACCUUGCCAGUGACAGUUCCCUUGGCCUUGAGCCACUGCGAACUUCAGGCAUAUCGCCUCUUCCUCAAGAUGGGGAGCUCACUCCCCGGACGGGUGAAAUCAACAUUGCAGUAACAAGUGGGCACUUCUUUCACCGGAACUCCCUGUCGCCUCGUAGCCUGGUGUACGAGAGUGAAUUCUCUACAAUUGAACCAUCCUUGGACAUGUAUGAUGAGAACAAAACCUGAUUUGUUUUUUAAAAAAAAAAUAUGGGCUGCUGGGGGUGUCUCCUUUUGAGAUUUGAUUUAUGGUCACUUUUCUUAUUUUGUAUUUUUUCUGUCAUCAUCCGUUUUGGAAGAAUGGCAGUACCUCUGGGUGCAAGUUGGGGUUCAGAGUUAAAUUGCAGCGUUCCCCCAAGGUGAGGUUUGAGGACAACGUUAUUGCCCAGGUGAGCCUCAUGGUACUGAAUACCCACCUAGAGCUGACCACUGAGCAUGGGCAGCCCGCGAGCCUUGCGGUUUCCAGAGAAGAGAUGGGGCCAGGGGCUAAUGGUGUGUUUGUUACAAAUGUGUCUGUGUCCCCAAAUAGUCUCACGCUGUUCUGUGUCAGGGUGCCACUGGGGUUUUGUAAAAUACAUUUUGUGGUUCUCACAUGCACACGAAAGCCUGCAGAUAAAAUGUCCCACCAAUGCAGAAUCUGAGUCAUGGCUCCUUGGCCUGCUUCCCUUUGUCCUCUGUCCCUUACUACAUUUCCCAGUGAAAGGCCUCCUCCUAUAGGGAGUCCUCCAAGAGAAGAUUCAGAUUCCGUUCCCCCUCUGAGACUCUAGCCACCUGUUGUCCUGCAGAACUUGGAGGACACAGGCCACAGGGUCGGAGUCUGCUCUCGCGGGAUCAGACAGUCAUCUGCUUUGUCGUUCUCCAGCGUCUGUGAUGAGCACGAUGUGAGAUGAAAAGUAUUUACACAGACACUAGACAUGGAGGGCUGCUGUCCCCACUGCCUGUGGUACACAAUGACCACAUGGGACAAGGUCGACAGUCAUCAAUACCAGAAUAGUUUUGAAUGUUUUAUUGGGAAGUCCAAACCAACAUCCUGUUAAAUAACAAAUGGGGGACCCCCCUGUUCCAUCUCAGUUGUCUAAUCCAGUGGCAUCCUGCCAGCCUCAGCACCAACAUGAAGAAACACUGGAGUGCUGGCAGCCAGACUUUCAGAAGAGGAUGCUCUGGCCAGCAUGGUGGACACAUGGGGACACGUGUAUUUGUCUCACACAUCCAGAGUGACAUCAAGUUAACAUGAGAAACGUAUGGCCUACAGUGUGGGACCAGGAUGAGCAAGUCGCCUCCUUGCUGCAGGAGCUCCUACCACAGUCAGCCGCUUCUCACCAGAGUGUGAAGAUGUUCGGAUCCUGGUUAGGGGAACGCGCUCCACCAUCCAGAUGUGUGAUGGGGAGGCUUCCACCCUGUCACUUUUAUUGGCUCUGUGGGUCAUAAGUCUGAGGCACAUGUGUGCCAUAUUUACACAUGUGGCUUCUUCUCUCUCACGUGUCACUAAGAUCCCUCAGAUGCCCCUGUGCCUGAAACAGAGCCUCAGAGAACCUUAGUGUGGACAGCCUGUAAGAACACGGUUGCAGGGUGAGCCAACAUGCUUCGCUUGAGUAGUUUGAACUGGAACAGGGCCGACCUCUAAGGUCCUAACUGCUUUCAUCUUUACCGCUUACCAAGGGCUUUCGUCUUUCUUUUUUAUAGUCUUUGUACUAUAAAAAUAUUUUUGAUAAAGUUUCAAUAGAUUAUCAUUCUGAAAGACAGGUUCUCAGCGAGAGCAUUCUCAGCAGGAGAGUGGACUGCUAAGGUCCAGAGGCACAGGCGCAAGUGUUUUGUGUGGCAGACUGGGUGGAUGCUGUCAUUGCCGUGCUGUUUGUAGCCUGGCCUUGUUUUCUCCAUAACCAAAAUUCAGAUCCCAGUGAACCAUGAAUCAUUUUUCUUCAGGUCUCAACAGUCUUAUAAAGGCACAAACAUUAAAUUCCACUCUAGACAGUUUCUUUACAAAAAAAGAAGAAGAAGAAGGAGAAGGAGAAGGAGAAGGAGGAGAAGGAGAAGAAGGGAGGAUAGAAAUUGCUUGGGGAAAGAAUUUUUAAUUGAGUUCUCUAAAACCUACUGAGACAGUGUUUGAGUCCCUGGGAAAUCCAGGGCAUGUGUUAGCAGUAGAACAGCCAAGGAGGCAGUUCUUAGGAAGGCAUUUACUCAGAAUAGUGCUCCAGACACCGGGUUGAUCCCUUUUCCUGAAAUCUUGGGCCACCUUCAGCUCAGCUCAGAAUGUCCUGUGUUCAUCAGGAGGGGACCGGCUUCUUUGUUGAGGACACGUGCUUUGGGACAACAGAGGACAACGGCUCCCUCCCAGCAGCUAUGAUGAGGGGACUCCCGUGAAGCCACCCAGGUCCCCAGGUGGAGCUGGGUGAAGAACCUUUCCUGGCAUAUGCCAUAGGACACACACAGCAGGAUCUACAGCCACAGGCAGUGUUAGCUAUAGACUGGACUGCAGCAGUUUGAAUACAGAGGCUUAAGCUUUUGAGAUACCUAGCUUCCGUGUGGAGGAGCCACUCUGGGCCAGUUACUUCCUGGAGAAAGGAGAGCUGACUGGGCGGACGUCCAAGUGUGAAGACAUCUCCAAAGGGUCUCUGGAAGUGAUGAGGGUGUCCAUCCAGGGCCCUGCCUUUGCUUCCCUCCUAGAAAAACAGGCUCUACCAUCAGCAGCUGAAAACCCCUUCGAAGGCCUCCAUCAUCUCCUGGCUCCUCUCGCCAUUCCCUCAGGGAACAUCUAUAAAGUACAUCCCUGAACGCCAAUCCAUCCUGAAGCAGAGUCUGUGCUCUGCAUUUGCCCUGAUUCAUGACAGCCCCAGGUCCCUAAAGGUGUGGUCAGAGAGGCAUGAAGCAAGAGAUUACUGAAUUCUACUAAUUGGCACAUCCUGUGGACUUCAUGUCUUCCUAGUUCUAUCACCCCUUCACCUCCAUGCUUUCACUGAUCUUUCUGCUAAAUGACACCAGACUAGGGAAAGUCCACAUCUUCUUUCGCUGUUAACCUUUACUGUGGGGACUGAUUUCACAUCAGAGGUCCUCCUGACAAGGGGUCACUGCUCAUAGAUGUCAAGAGAGGAAGCUGCAGACUGUGGAAUCUAAGCCUGUGGCCUUUGGAAGGUGAGGCAGGACCAUGGAGGUAGUUGGUCAGCAGCCCUUUUCAUUUUAUUUUAGGUCUUUUCUUUGUUGUUUCUUUGGAGACAGGGUUUCUCUGUGUAGCCCUGGCUGACAGCUGUCCUGGUUCUCACUCUGUAGACUAAAUGGCCUUUAACUUGAACUCAGAAUCCUCUGGCCUCUGCCUCCUGGGUGCUGGGUUUAAAGGCGUGCGCCACCAGGCCCAGGCUGUUGACACUUUUUAUAAAGUCCUCAUUGUGUGACUUUUAUGCUUGGAGUUGAGGUGGAUCAAUAGUCAGGAAGACUUGGAGGGUGAGGGUGCAUCUCAGUGGUCAGACACCUCAGCACUUGUGUGUGUCUGGGUGUCCUGAAAACUUGGGCAUGUUGGCAACAGUCUACAGAGUGGGAGCAGUGACAUGGGGAUGAUGGGGUGAGUCUCCAGGAGACAGUGGCCUGGGCAGAGGUGUGAGAAGAGGGUGAUGGGGUGAGUCUCCAGGAGACAGUGGCCAGGGCACAGAUUGAGGGGCCAGUGCCUGCUGAGUCUGGGGGAAGGGCCCUGAGGACGAACAGGAGGAAGGCAAGAUUCUUGGGUUUGAAGCAUCUCCCCUUCUGGGGCAGGGGAUGCUUCAGAACUUUGCUUAGAAAAAGAACACUAUGAGCAGUAGGCUGUGUGAGAGGCAAAAGGCAGACUGGCUAGCAGUUGGCUUAGAACCGAGGGACUCCAGACUGAGCUGACUAAAUGGAAGGAAACAAGGGGGCUAUGAGAUAGAAGUGGAAGUCAGAUUUGUUUGUUUAUUUCCUCCUUUUUUUUCCAAGACAGAGUUCUUUGUGUAUCCUUGGCUGUCUUAGAACUAGGUCUAUAGACCAGGCUGGCCUCAAACUCAUAUAUAUCUGCCUGCCUCUGCCUCCCGAGUGCUGGGACUAAAGGCGUGUACCACCACCACAUGUCCUGGAAGUCAGAUUUCUAAUCUCAGUGAUUGGGUGAAUGUUGGUAGGGUUCAGGAGAGCCCAUAAAGCCCAGCCCUGACGUGGUCUCUAUAUGAUCACAGUCCCUGGGAGGCACUGCAUCUUCCCCUCCACUGUCCUGUGCAGAAGUCUCUGCACUAGGCAUAUAUGCUCACCCUGGCAGAGGUGGACCUUCAAUUUCAAUGGUGGUGUCAGCCAGAGAGAAACUGGGCUAGGGAACAUUGAUUGUAUGUCUGGCAAACAGAAAAAGCUACUGGAAACACUAAUGUAGAAAAGUAAUUGUGCAUAAUCUCCCCAUUCAGGAAAGGUGGGCCUGCCAGCUCUCGUUCUCCAGCAUAAAGAAUGGGACAUCUGUGUACUUAAACUCAAACGUGGUCCCUUUUCAAGGGAGAGGAGAUGAGAAUAAGGAAUCUUAUCACAGGCCGACUCUCCUGACACCCACAGCUUAAAACAAGUGCCUUUCCGCCCAGAUCCACACGAGGGCCGUGCUCACCAACAGCGUGUGGCGUGCUGCCUUGUUUGGGCCCUGUGGGUGCAUCAUUCCAAAACUUUGGCACAGCCCCCAGUUAACCUGUCCAGAAAGCAAGGUGUGCAAAAGAUGCUUGGGUGUGGUUGAGGUCACUGCCAGACUGGAAAAACACCUUCCAAGCUGUAAGUAUUGUGACUUCAGAAAAGGACCAAAAGGAGUGCUGGGGACUACGAUGCCUGAGUCUGCAGCACAGAGCUGUUUGCCUGAGUGUAUCUGGAAAGUGCAGGAAAAGCAAAGCCAAUAGAACGCUGCUCUUGCAGACUCCUUGCGUCUGGCCGACUGGCCCCUUGGCCCUCUGCAGAUCACAGUAUUUACAAGUCACACCAACCUGUGGAGCCUGGGCGACAGGGGCUGAAGUUAGUGGUCAGGAGGCCACCUUGUAGCCAAGGAACUCCUUAAGGGCUCUGGCGGGAUUGAUAGUUCCACCCUUCUUUAUCAGUGAUCCCAAAAAACUGACCUUUGAUGAGGACAGGCCAGGUGUCUUCCAGAGCUGUGACUCCACCAGCCUAUAGUGACCAUAGAGGCAGAGAGAGCUGUCAGCCUCAGCUGCUCAAAGGGUGACAUUUUAGCACUGCAGACACGGUUCUCAGAGCCCUGCAGGCUGCCCAGCCCCUUGGUUUCCCUCCUGCAUUCCUCCCAAGGCUUAUACUCUUUUUCCCCCUGUUUUCGUCACCCUGACUUGGGAAAAAGAAGGAAUGUAUGGCAAAGGGCAGAAUAGCCUUUAAGCUUCGUACAACCCAAGUACUGAACUUCCUGGGGGAUUCACUGCCACCAGAGUAACUAGGGCCUCUGCCCCAGGAUCACUCAGUUUCUGCCUACUGACUCUUUUCCAUGGGACUGAGGUGGCCCAGAUCCCCCUUCACAGCCUAAAGGAGUAAUCUUUCUCAGAAGCCUUGGCGAUGGCUGGAGCUGGAGCCGGAGGCCUCACUCAGUGGUUAGCGCCUGUUCAAACUGUCCUCAGGCCCCUCCUGAGGACAGGCGCAGCUGACAAGCUGUCCCCUCCCCCUGCAGCAGGCCUCCAUCCCCCCACCUACCAGUGCCCCUGGAACACUUGAUGCUGAUGCUUGAUGCUUGAUGCUGAUGUGACACAUUCUUCCCCAGUCCACUCUGCUUGCUGGUCAGGUGCAUGCAAGCCUGCCGUGGCCUUUCAUCAGAUUCCCCUCCCUGUCAGCGAGCCUCACCUGAGUCUGCGCACCUGUCCCAGCACUGGUAACCACUAACAUUGCCCUACAUUUUUACAGAGUGAACCCAACACGACAUGAAUUCUAACCUGCUUUUGGAAUUAUCAAUUAAGUCUAAAUAUAUUUGCAUUAUGAUAUUAAAGGACUUUUCCGAUGACCGGAAGGCAUUGAACCAAAAUAUCUGUUCUAAAAAUCAUAGGAGAGUUGGGUAAAAUGUGACAUCCCAAGCCAUAUUUUUUCCUUUAAGUAAGCAAUCUACAUCUGCCAACUGCCUCUCAUGCUUUAUGCCUCAGUUACUAGAUAUGGCCUGCUUCCACGCCAGACCUUUUGGGGGCAGCCACAAGGACACAGCCCCGGCUGACUUGCUGACCCAGCUAGAAGACAGCUUGCUUGGCUGGCUGAUGCUCGGGAUAGAAUCUGGUAUCUUCUGCCCAGCAUGGGAAGUGAGAUGGACUCUUGAGUGGCCAUACCUCUUCCGAGGACGCUGGACCAGUGUUGUUUACAGAAACAGAAGAGUCCAAGCUGGGAGGUGAUGUGGGUGUGGGGUGGAGGAAAACAUUGUCUCACAGUCACGUGCUGCACCUGUAAAAGGACAGUCAUCAGUUUCCAUCCUAGGCCCCAUGUAUCACAGCUGAUUCUGACUCUCGGUAGCUUUUACAUUCAUAAAAAAACACUGACGUCACCCCUUUCAUAUCUGGGUUACUCGAAGAGCCCCACUCAUUCCGGGUUCCUGCUGACUAUGCACAACACCUCAGAGGACGGCGUACAGAACUAUUUUUCUAAUGUUAGCAUAGAUAACUUGAGGUGAGGACGCUGGGAAUACAGCUAAGGCAGAUGGCAAGGUGGGGCACCUUGAGGGAUAAGAGGAAAACUAUGCACUUGAAUUUCUUUCGCCAGUGGAUACCUUGUGCCGGAAAGAGCACACAUCGAGGACUCAAGGAGCAAGAUUGCUCGUUAGCUUCAUUCAGGACUCACUGUAGGGGGUUACCCUGUCAAGAACACAGACACCUGCAAGUACAAUGUGAACUGAUUUCUUGACAAUCACAUCUGUCAACCCCUGGACACGGGCAGCACAAUUCCUAGGUCCAUAUGGUUGAUGUAAGUAUAUUAAGUAGUGAAAUUGUCUGGCAUGUACCUCUAUGCCAAUAGUGUACACCUGUAUGUGUGGAAUUUGCUAAUAUAACCGUUUCAAUAAAAACCUAUUGAAAAGGC